AUGAAUUCCCUCUUUAAUUCUGCCCUCAAGCAGUCGUCCGCAAUCCGUCGCGACCUCGAUACAUUCUCACAAUCCCCCGCGACUACAUCUGCAGCGUUGCAAGGCCAGUUAGCAGCGUCCCUAGCGUCUUUGUCAAGAACCGUCGAUGACUACUCGGCACUGUCGAAGAAGGAAUUGAUUCCCGAGAAACAGGAGAAGGCAUUUGGCAGAGUCAAGACGUUCCGGUCGGAACUGGUAGAUUACAGACAACAGUUUGACCGGCUGAAGAAGGAGAGAGAGGAAGCUCAAUCUGUGACCAAUCGUAACGAACUCCUUGGUCGACGCCCUCAUCAUACAUCUACACCCGAGAACCCAUAUGCCCAGCCUGCAUAUGCACACCCGUCCCCAUUUGCAAGUGCGGCUUCUACGUCCAGAUCGGGGCUUAGUUUCGGUGCAUCACCGGCAGACUACGGUCGCGGAGAACAUGCUCUGAGGGAACAGUCGUUCUUCUCCAAUACAAAUACCCAGAUUGACCAGUUUAUCGAACGGGGACGAGCCGUGCUAGCGGAUCUGGGACAACAGCGAGAAAUGUUGAAGGGCACGCAACGCCGGUUGUACAGUGUCGCCAAUACGUUGGGUAUCAGCGGAGACACGAUUCGAAAGGUCGAACGGCGCGCGAAGCAGGACAAGUGGAUCUUUUGGAUUGGGGUAGUGGUGUUCUUCUUGUUUUGUUGGGCCGUCCUGCAUUUUCUUAGAUGA